UAUUUAUUUUGGUUUCGAGUUUAAGGUUAUUUUUCUCAGCUGAUCGUCGCAUCGCAACGCAACUCAGAAAAUUAGAAAAAUACCGGUAACAAUGCUGAGGCAUAUGCUUCGUACCAGCCAGCGCUUGGCACGGCCUAAAUUCAAUAACUGCGCCACCGUUCUUGGUAUCAAGGCGACCUACAUUACGAAACCAGUGCUGAAAACCUGUGAAAUUGUGCCAGUAUGUCGAAGUUAUAGUGUAAAUAAGAAUGAUAACCCCGAAACACAGGCUACGGAAGUGGAUCAUGUAGUUUUCGAACAAAUCUGCAAUGAAACAUUAGAAUCUCUAUGUGAUUACUUUGAAGAGCUGGUAGAAUCUGCACCACACUUGAAAGGAGCUGAUAUUACGUUUAGUGAUGGUGUUUUAACAGUUGACCUGGGCCCUAGCUACGGAACUUAUGUGAUAAACAGACAAACUCCCAACAAGCAAGUGUGGCUCAGCUCUCCAACCUCAGGGCCCAAGCGCUAUGACCUAGUGUUGAAAAACGGAGGCUACUGGUUGUACAAACACGACGGAAUCACACUGCAUCAAUUGCUACAAACUGAAAUAUCGGAAAUAGUUAAAGGAAACGUGGAAUUCUCAAAGUGCUCUCAUAGUUUAGUUUGAUAUUUUUGUUGCCUGUUAUUAAUUUGUAAAUACAAUCUUAGUCUUAUCUGUU